AAUAUAAAUUCCAUAAGCGUUACCAAAGUUCAACUUUUUCCCAGCUGAAGAGAAGCCUCCACCGCCGUACAUUAUUAGGGUUCUUCCGCCUCCGCCUCCGCCGCAGAAAUGGGAAAAGGAACGGGGAGUUUUGGGAAGAGGAGGAACAAGACACACACACUAUGUGUGAGGUGUGGGCGUCGCAGCUUUCACAUCCAGAAGAGCCGCUGCUCCGCUUGUGCCUACCCUGCUGCUCGCCUCAGAAAAUAUAACUGGAGCGUCAAGGCACUUAGAAGAAAGACCACUGGAACUGGUCGCAUGAGGUAUCUCCGCAAUGUGCCCCGCAGGUUCAAGACUAACUUCAGAGAAGGUACCGAGGCAACCCCAAGGAAGAAGGGUGCUGCUGUAGCCUCUUAAGUCUCUGAACUCUAUUUCAAUCUGAAUAUUUUCCUUAGCUUUUGGAUAUUUGUUUUGAGUAUUAACACACAUUUGUUAGUACGGAGCUAUUUCUAUUCAAGAUAUAGUUGUAAUAGUGUUUCUCUUUUAUUUUAUAUAUUGAGAUAGUUGUUUUGUGUUGUUA